AUGGAGGUAGCCUUGGAGGAUGAUAGGGCAGUAGCCUAUGAAGACGACAGGGAGGUAGCAUUUGAGGAUGAUGGGGAGGUACCCACUGACCUUGGGGAAAGUGAUGAUGAGGAAUCCGACCAAGAAAACAACAUAGAAAGUACAUCACUUGCAUCAGAUCUGGCAACCUGGGCCACUUACUGUCAGGUGAAGAACAAUGCCGUUGAUCAGUUGUUGAAGAUUCUUCAGAAUCAUGGCCACUCGGAUCUCCCAUCCUCCGCUCGUAUCCUGCUAAAAACACCACGGCAGGUAAAUACAACACAGAAGUCUGGAAUGGAGUAUCUGAAUUAUCCAUUGCGUGAUACAUUUCUAGACACCCUGAAGAAAUACCCAUUUGAACAGCUGUCUGACUGCGACACAGUUAAUCUGUCCUUCAACAUUGAUGGAUUGCCUCUGUUCAAGAGCUCAGGGAAAGCUAUGUGGCCUGUCCUAUGUGCUGUCCACCUCAAGCCCAUCACUGUUUCCCCAAUCACACUGACGUGCGGAAACAAGCGGCCAACCGACCUGCAUUUUUUAGAUGACAUGGUGGCAGACCUCAAUGAUCUACUAUCUAGUGGCCUGCAACACAGAGAGAAAACAUUUGAAGUUAAUGUUCUUCGCAUUGUGUGCGAUGCUCCAGCAAAAGCCUUUGUCCGUAACACAAAGCUGUGCUCAGGUUAUUACGGAUGUGAUAAAUGCACUCAGAAAGGACAGUGGUUUAGCAGAGUUAUAUAUCAGGAAACAGAAGAACUCACCCUGCGAACAGACGAAGCAUUCAGACAUCAAACCCAAGAAGAGCACCAUCAUGGCAACACUCCCCUGCUCAACUUGCCUAUCGACAUGGUAAAAGCCUUCCCCAUUGACUACAUGCAUCAGGCAUGCUUUGGUGUCAGGAAAAAGCUUCUCCUCAUCUGGAGCAGAGGAGAGAAAGGUUGUAGAAUGUCUGUGACACAAAUACAGGAGGUGAGCAGCAGGCUUCUUCACCUUAAACCUGAAAUUCCCUCCAUCUUCUCCCGCAAACCACGAGGUCUUGAAGAGCUGGAAAGGUGGAAAGCCACUGAAUUCCGGCAGUUUAUGUUGUACACCGGUAAGGUGGUGCUUGUCCUUCAGUGUGGCAAUGUGCAUUUUAGUGAGCUCUACGACUCUCAAGCAGUAUUCACAAUACGCUCAACAACUACUGCAGUACUUUGUUGUGAGAGGACGGGAGCUUUAUGACAAGACGUUUCUUGUGUACAAUACGCACACAAUGCUCCACAUUACUGCAGAUGCCAUUUUGUUCGAUGGGUUGGACAACUGCAGUGCCUUUAAAUUUGAAAGUUUCUUGCACACCAUGAAGAGGAUGGUGAGGAAUGGAAGAUGCCCCCUUUCCCAGGUGGUGAAGAGGAUCGAAGAGAGAAAAGAAGGACCCCUGCAAGUGCAAAAACAGAAAAUUACAAAUAGCCCAAAGGACAGACCGUUUGUGCUGGAUAGUGAGGAAGGCUGCGAUGUCAUUGAUGAGACAGAACAAAAUGGGUGCCACCUGUGCCGUGUAUAUAAUAAUCCGCAACCACUGUUUUUGGAGCCUUGUAACUCAUCCAUCAUUGGAGUGUUUCAAUACAAGAACACAACCACAACAAUGAGAUGGAUUCCCUGCGAAACAAUAAAGAGUAUCGCCAUGAAGACACAAAUGGGGGAUAAAACGAUCUUCAUGAAAAUCUUACCUGGUGGGAAUAGUGGCCCAGUGUUGGACCUAUGAAGAAAAUGAGCAACAAUACAGCUACUGACCACCAUCCAACUAGACCAAAAGGGCAAAACAACAGGAGAUCCCGGAUGAGGAGCUGUGGAUCAGCAGAAGAGUCCGGAUCUUUGCAGCAACUGGUCAGUUGAAAUUGAUAUUAGCUUUGUACAAAAAUGUAUUCAUUGUUUAACUCUAACUGUAGCUAUUUGAUUUUACUUAACUGUUACUAUUUGAUACUUUUUUGUUACUGAUUUUGAGAGAGCACUCAGAUGGAGCAAGACAGCUGAGGACAAGUCUGCCGUCGAAACGGAGGAGGUCCAACCUAGAAAAAAGAAAAGACCUAACAAAUUUGGAGACAGCAGUGAAGAUGAGGGUUCAUCAUGGGAAGUUGAGCCGAUGAAAAAGACAAAACGUCGAGAUGGACCAUUUCCACGAGCCAAAGCAACUACGGACUUAAAAAAGAAUAUAGAUAUAGCUAAACUUCCAACCCCUCCCCGGCCAAAGAAAGCAAAAAGUACGGCAAAAAACAACCAAGUCACUCAAGAUACACGAUCCAUUCCCAAACCCUCCACCUCCGACCCUGGCAACAGAUGGAACUGAUGAUGAACUACCAGAAUCCCAGCACUCCAUGACACUGACCCAGCAUUUUGUCGAAGACAAGAGACCCUCUUGGCCAGCGACAGCUUGGGAGCCAAGAAAACUGCAAGAUACACUACAAGUUCUCCUUCAAAAGGUGGAGACAAUUGAAGCAAGCCAGAGGGAGAUACUUCUUCUGUUGUGCAGAAGCCAGGGAAGACAAAAUGAGGAGCCUGCACUCAACUUUGUUGCGGCACAAUGCCUAAAAGAACUUCAGGAUCUUGAGGAGCGCCUCAAGAUGACCGAGUUCAGGAAGAGAGUGAUUCACCAUCUCAGCCUCACUGGUGGGGCCACACCUGGAGAGUGCGUCAGGAGAGUGAUGCGGUCCGUGGCAACAAAUGCUGUCUGGAGCUGCUACAGCUUUAAGGGGAAAAGGGAGAAGUUGCCUUUCAUUGGCACAACUAAAAACAGUUAUGAAAUGGAAGGCAGGGCUGGGAGAGAAGGAGGUUGAGAUCCUGAUAUGAGAGACUUUGAAACAUGCUCCAGCACAGACCAUUAAGGCGCAACUGGUCUCUUUAGUUGGAGGAGGAUAGCUGCUGGAACCACGGCCUUCUUUUAGACAUGUUUUCUUUUUAAAUAAAGUUCAUGCAUAUAACUUGG